AUGGGGGAUCAGAUUGACAACUCUGCCUAUAGGUUCCGGAUGAACACCAACGAGUCUCUCUAUCUCUGCACCACCAGUCCUCUGAACGAGCAUGAGGUCAAGCUCUUGAAACAGAGGACCCGGGAGUUGUACCAAGUGAAUAUGAUCCUCGAUAACUUGCCAGCUUUGAGAUUCGCCAAGCAAAAUGGGGUUACCAUCCAGUGGACUGGAUACCCUGUUGGAUAUUCACCACCCAACAGCAAUGACGAUUACAUCAUCAAUCAUCUCAAGUUUAAGGUCCUGGUCCACCAAUACGAAGGCAAUGUCAUGGAGGUCAUUGGCACGGGUGAAGAAGGUAUGGGUGUCAUCUCUGAAGCUGAUAAAAAGAAGGCCCUGGGUUAUGAGAUUGUUGGAUUUGAGGUUAUUCCAUGCAGUGUGAAGUACGAUCCUGAAAAAAUGACCAAACUUCACAUGUAUGACCCUGUUCCUUCAGUUAACUGUCCCUUGGAGCUUGACAAAGCCCAGAUCAUAAAAGAACAUGAAAGGAUAACCUUCACUUAUGAAGUCGAAUUUGUUAGGAGCGAGACCAAAUGGCCAUCAAGAUGGGAUGCUUAUUUGAAAAUGGAAGGUGCUCGUGUCCAUUGGUUCUCAAUUCUGAACUCGCUUAUGGUGAUUGUCUUUCUCGCCGGUAUUGUCUUUGUCAUAUUCCUCAGGACGGUUAGAAGGGAUCUGACAAAGUACGAGGAACUGGACAAGGAAGCACAGGCACAGAUGAAUGAAGAGCUCUCUGGAUGGAAACUUGUCGUCGGAGAUGUGUUCAGAGAACCAGAGCUUUCAAAGCUUCUAUGCAUUAUGGUGGGAGACGGUGUUCGGAUUACGGGAAUGGCUGUUGUCACAAUUGUUUUCGCAGCACUUGGAUUCAUGUCGCCUGCUUCAAGAGGAAUGUUACUAACCGGGAUGAUUAUUCUCUAUCUUUUCUUGGGUAUUGCUGCUGGGUACGCUGGUGUUCGGCUCUGGAGAACCGUCAAAGGAACUUCAGAAGGAUGGAGAUCACUAUCCUGGUCCAUCGCAUGCUUCUUCCCGGGUAUUGCUUUUGUUAUACUAACAGUGUUGAACUUCCUUCUCUGGAGCAGCAACAGCACUGGCGCCAUCCCGAUAUCACUCUACUUUGAGCUCUUGGCUCUCUGGUUCUGCAUCUCGGUUCCGCUCACCUUGUUUGGAGGAUUCUUAGGCACACGAGCAGAAGCAAUUCAGUUUCCAGUGAGAACCAACCAGAUUCCAAGGGAGAUCCCAGAACGUAAAUACCCGUCAUGGCUUCUCGUCCUUGGAGCAGGAACACUUCCUUUCGGAACUCUAUUCAUAGAACUCUUCUUCAUCUUCUCCAGCAUAUGGUUAGGCAGAUUCUACUACGUAUUCGGGUUCUUACUCAUAGUGCUGCUUCUUUUAGUAGUUGUGUGUGCAGAGGUAUCAGUGGUGUUGACCUAUAUGCACCUCUGCGUGGAAGAUUGGAGAUGGUGGUGGAAAGCCUUCUUCGCAUCUGGUUCAGUGGCCUUGUAUGUUUUUGCUUACUCCAUCAACUAUUUGGUAUUCGAUCUCCAAAGUCUGAGCGGACCGGUCUCGGCUAUGCUUUACAUAGGCUACUCUCUGCUUAUGGCCAUUGCAAUAAUGCUCUCUACGGGAACCAUUGGCUUCCUUACUUCCUUUUACUUCGUGCACUAUCUGUUUUCCUCUGUCAAAAUCGAUUGA